GUCUGUCUUCAUAGCCGAGUCACUCAAGGUCAUGCCUAUCUCAGACGUGCAUUGCCAACGCUUUCGGCAGUUCCUCUACCGUGAGGCGGAUGGGCCCCGAGAGGUUUGCAGCCAGCUCCAUCGACUCAGCAACCGCUGGCUGAAGCCAGAGAGGCGUUCCAAAAAGGAGAUCCUGGACGUGGUGGUCCUGGAGCAGUUCCUCGCCAUCCUGCCCCUGGAAGUGCAACGCUGGGUCAGAGAAUGUGGGCCAGAGAGCAGCUGCCAGGCGGUGGCCUUGGCUGAAGGCUUCCUGCUGAGUCAGGCCGAGGAGGAGAGGCCGGCAGAGCAGGUGCGGGGACCAUCCGUGGAGAGAGACGCAGCAUUCCUCGAGGCGGAAGAAGCUUCCCUGGAGCGAGAGCAGAGGGCGCAGACUCAGCAGGGUGCCCAAGAUGCCCUCUCCUGUGGUAGCGGAGAGAUGCUGUUGAGUCCUCAUGUGUUUGGGGGUGUGGAAACAGUCCAGCGUCCCUUUUCCUUUGAGGAGGUGUCUGUCCAUUUCACUCCAGCAGAAUGGGCCCUGCUGGAUCCGGGCCAGAGAAUUCUCUACAGGGAAGUCAUGCAGGAGAACUAUUGGAGCAUCAUCUCUCUGAAAGACCGAAGUGUAAGAGAGAUGUUGGUGGAGAAAGACAAGAGUCUCGCAUCUAAAGAAAGGCUGCAGAGUUUCUCGGGAGGAUCCCAAGAACAUGUUUCCUUUCCAAAGGAGGUGACUGACAAGGAUGAUCAGAAGAAUGAAGAGGGUGAUGAACUUGAUCAACAGUUGCCAGAAGGAGUUAAGAAUGAAGACUUGAGAGAAAACAUCAGGAGUCGAGGCAGACCUAAGAGAAUGAAAGUCAGGCUUAUUGAGAAAAGAGAUGUAAGAUGGCGUAUUGUACAUUUUCCAAAUCAGAGAAUAAUGAAGGCAAGUACAUCCAUUCAAUGUGGAAAGUAUUUCAAAAGUAGAUCGGAGUUCUUUUUGCACCAAAGAACCCACAGAGGCGAGAAACGCUUUAGCCAUCUUCAAGAACAUAGAAAAAAUCGCCCCUCCGGACGGCCACUCCUUGUGCUUACUGUGUUUGGGAGAAGCGCAUCGCGUGGAGGCCUGCCCGCAUUGCCUUCGCUUUUCCAAACAAACAAGGAAAAACCGAGCGGCUCGGCUGUCGGCAGCGUUGACCGAAUCGGCGCUUCGCCCGCAAAAUUCGGCAUCGGCCGCAUCGGCAUCGGCGCUUCGCCCGCAAAGUUCGGCAUCGACCGCGUCGGCAUCGAAGAUGGCGGACACCCCGGCCCAGGAGCUCACAUUGGCUGA